AUGGAUGAAGUUGUGUCGGGUGGUGAAGAUAACCAGUUUGCUAGACUAUUGUUGUCGAUUAGGGAAUGUGAACGUCGGAAUUCCAAACGCAGUGUACAUAGGAGUUUCGCACACAAUGAAUUCCGAAGUUCCACAUUGGAGUUCCUAGCUCUACUUCGGAGCCAUGGAACUAUGGAAGCCAUGGAAAACGGGUAUGACACUGAACCUAUUAAUCUCCAAAUCGAAUUUGAAAUCCAUAACCCUAAGAGUUUGUAUCCAGUUCGUGCACUGCCUCCGGGAAAUGUGUUUUCCAAGCGUUCAAAUUCGGACCCUGCAUGUUUGAAAUCGUCUCUGUUAUGUCCUUCAACCUUUGUCUACUCCAAUUAG